AUGAAUAAUCUUAAACGAAAAUCAUCUUUUAAUCAUUUAUCAAAGAAAUGUCGAAAUGACGUGAAUCAAUCGAUAACUUGCAUUGAAAAUUUAUCAAAUGAAUGUUUUUAUGAAAUAUUUAAUUAUCUUGAUGCUUGUGAAAUAUCUAUAGUAUUUUCAAAUUUAAAUUAUCGUUUUCAGCAACUUCUCAAUUCUUUAUUACUUUUAUUUAAAAUCAAAUUUAAUGAUUCAAUACCAGAAGAAAUAUCUAGAAAUAAUUAUGAACAAAUUUUAGUUCACAACAGACAUCAAAUCUAUUCAAUUAAUUUAUGGACAAUGGAAAAUAUGUUUCUGUCUAUGACGUUAUUUGUCAUUAAUUCAUCAUAUGAUCACUUCGAAUCAGUUACUCUUUUUGGAAUUGAACCAGAUAUACUUCAUCUACUUCUUACUCAUUAUACUUGUUUACCUCGUUUAUUCUCAUUAAAUAUUGAUACAAAAUCUAGUUGCAGAUUAAAAGAAUUAAGCGAUAUUUAUCAGUCAAUUUUUGCUUUAUCAAAAUUGGAAUCUAUCGAAUUAGAAACAGAUAUAUUUGACGAUUCUGAAUCCAGACUUCCAUUAUCAAUUGCUACUAAUAAACAAUUCAGUAAUAUUAAAUAUCUUUAUAUACAUCAUUCUUGUAGUUUUCAAGAAUUGUUUGCUAUAAUAUCUUAUACACUUCAACUUUGUCGUUUGAAACUAUCAUAUACAUGCGAUAAUGAUGAACCAAUUAUUGGAAAUGUAUUACCGAUUUCAUUAUUUAGUUUAAUACAUUUUUCAAUAGAUCGAUAUGAUAUGAAAUUGAUAAAUUUCAAUGGUUUAUUAAAAAUAUAUUUUUUUGCAAAUUAA